AUGUCGAAAAGACAAGCUGAUCUACCGCUGGACGAGAGUAUUCCGGGCUCUCCCGCCUCGAAGAAGGCGCGGGUGGACGAUGACGACGAAGAAAGUGAUUUUCGCAGCGGCACAGUCACCGCGCAUCAAGCCGGCGACCAAGAGAACGGCGUACAUGAGCGUAACGACGCCCAGAAAACGACCAACAGCGAGCGAGAGGCUCAGAGUGAAGGAGAAGACCUUUCAGGUCCCUCGGAUAUUGACGAAGAGCUUUCGGCCCUCAGCGUGCCCAAGCGACAAGCUCAGCCAGAGGAGGGCUACGAUGAUCUUUACCUCGACACUGUCAACCGGGGUGUUCUUGAUUUCGACUUUGAAAAGCUUUGCUCUGUCAGCCUUUCUAACAUCAAUGUGUACGCUUGUCUCGUUUGUGGCAAAUACUUUCAAGGCCGUGGGCCCAAAUCGCAUGCAUACUUCCAUUCCCUCGAUGACAACCACCAUGUGUUCAUCAAUAUCGGAACAAAAAAAGUUUACGUCCUACCAGAGGGGUAUGAGGUUAAGAGCAAGAGCUUGGACGACAUCAAAUAUGUGGUGGAUCCUGUAUACACAAAGUCCGAGGUCUCAAAGUUGGACAAGGAAGUUCAUGACGCUUGGGAUCUCUCUGGGACGCGGUAUCGGCCAGGCUUCGUUGGCAUGAAUAAUAUCAAAGCCAAUGACUACCUGAACGUAGUCGUUCAGCUUCUAGCGCAUGUUCAUCCCAUUCGAAACUUCUUCCUCCUCCAUCAAUUCCCGACACCCGGAACGCCUGAACUUGUUCUCCGCUUUAGCACUUUGGUGCGGAAACUCUGGAACCCCAAGGCAUUCCGAUCGCAUGUUUCACCACACGAGCUGCUUCAGGAGAUUGCGCUGCGAUCCUCAAAACGAUUCACACUCACCAACCAGUCUGACCCGGUGGAAUUUCUGUCUUGGUUCCUUAACAACUUACAUCUCUCUCUUGGCGGAUCCAAAAAGCCAUCUUCAACCCCUACAAGUGUCAUUCAAGCUGCUUUUCAAGGCCAGCUCAGAAUCGAAAGUCAAGCGAUUACCGCACAUUCUGAUACCCAGAAUGCCCGUCUCGUGUUUACAGAAUCUGGUGACAUCAAAAGCCAAACCACGCCCUUCCAAAUCCUCACUCUUGACCUUCCGCCAACGCCGCUUUUCCAGUCAGCAAAUCGGGAAUCUAUCAUUCCACAAAUUCCUCUGACCAAUCUUCUCAACAAAUACAACGGCCGUGACGCCUCCGAGAAAAUGGCGCAACGUGUUCGGCACCGACUCCUGCAUCCCCUUCCGCCUUAUCUGCUCUUCCACAUAAAGAGAUUCAGCAAGAACCGAUUCGUAAGCGAGCGAAACCCUACAAUUGUGACCUUCCCUUCUCCGCGAUCUCUGGACAUGUCUCCGUACGUUGAGCCCAACCCAUCGGUCUGUUCACCCAGCGAGCCCAUCCUCUAUGAUCUCGUUGCCAAUAUUAUCCUUGACCCUGCGAUCGCGGCACCCGGUGCUACCGAAGACGCAGCUGACAAGGGAAUCAACGCUGCCUCUGGUGGUGGGUCCUCGUCAGGGGCUGGGGCUGGGACUGAAAAGGUUUCCUGGCUGGUUCAAUUGCACGACAAAGCAGUAUCGGCAGAAAAUGCAAGUCACACUGGCGGAGCUGAGCAGCAGCGAAACUCCGAAUGGCUUGAGAUUCAGGAUCUCUUUGUCAAGCGUGCUGAAACUGAGACCUUGUUUACGCGCGAAGGAUAUUUGAUGGUCUGGGAAAGGAGGAAAACACCCAGUUCUAAAGCCAAAGGCCGAGCCAAAUCUUAG